CUUUUAAUUUGAAGGUUUUGUCAUUACAUAUGCACGUGACGUCAUCGUUUGUGCUGUUGGCAGAACGCAAGCUUCCCGACCAACAUGGAGAGAAAAGUUUUAGCUCUUCAAGCGAGGAAGAAGAGGGCAAAAGCGAAGAAGUCCAGCAAGAAGCAUCCUGCCCACCCCAGGGGGACAGCAGCCCAGCAGCAGCCCCAGCCAGAGGCCUCUCCCCAGGAGCCAGAUGAGCCUGAGGAGAUCCUAGGCUCUGAUGACGAGGAGCAGGAAGACCCCAACGACUACUGCAAAGGUGGCUACCACCAUGUAAAGAUAGGAGACCUGUUCAAUGGGAGGUACCAUGUGAUCAGGAAGCUGGGCUGGGGACACUUCUCCACUGUGUGGCUGGCCUGGGACAUACAGGUGAAGCGGUUUGUGGCUAUGAAGGUUGUGAAGAGUGCAGAGCAUUACACUGAGACAGCCGUGGAUGAGAUCAAACUGCUCAGAUCUGUGAGAAACACGGACCCUGACGAUCCCAAGAGGGAGAUGGUGGUUCAGCUACUGGAUGACUUCAAGAUCUCCGGUGUCAACGGGACUCAUGUGUGCAUGGUGUUUGAGGUGCUGGGGCACCACCUACUGAAGUGGAUCAUCAAGUCCAAUUACCAGGGCCUUCCUCUGCCCUGCGUCAAGAGCAUCAUACGCCAGGUUCUCCAAGGCCUGGACUACCUUCACACCAAGUGUGAGAUCAUCCACACUGACAUCAAGCCAGAGAACAUCCUGCUGACGGUGAAUGAGCCUUAUGUGAGGAGGCUGGCCGCAGAGGCUACAGAGUGGCAGAAAGCAGGGGCUCCCCCUCCCUCAGGGUCCGCAGUCAGCACAGCACCAGCUCCAAAAGCAGUGGCCAAAAUGUCCAAGAACAAGAAGAAGAAGUUAAAGAAGAAGCAGAAGCGUCAGGCGGAGCUGUUGGAGAAGUGCAUUCUGGAUCUGGAGGAGAUGGAGAAGGCUCCGGGGAGGGGAGAUGAGGAGGAUGAAGAUGAAGAGGACCCAGAGUCUCCAGUCUCUUCCAAACAGCAGCGGACAUGUUGUGCUCCGCUCAGACAGGUUUCCUUACAGGAGAUAGCCAGCCAAAACACAACCGUGUACAUUGCGGGUGCGGAAGUUACGCGGAUCGUACCAGAAAGCAUAAUAACUGAGGUAGAGGUGAACUUUAACGGCCUUCGUCCUGAGGAAGAGGAAGAUGAAACAAAGGAGAGGAAGGCACAGUGGAAGGAGGAAGACCAACACAACGGUAAAACAGACCCAGCAGAAGAUCACGGGCUUCUUCAGGAGUCAAACCCACAGGAGUCAAUAUUAUCAAACCCACAGGAGUCAAUAUUAUCAAACCCACAGGAGUCAAUAUUAUCAAACCCACAGGAGUCAAUAUUAUCAAACCCACAGGAGUCAAUAUUAUCAAACCCACAGGAGUCAAUAUUAUCAAACCCACAGGAGUCAAUAUUAUCAAACCCACAGGAGUCAACAUUAUCAAACCCACAGGAGUCAAUAUUAUCAAACCCACAGGGGUCAAUAUUAUCAAACCCACAGGGGUCAAAAAAGGUGUCAAAUGGUCAGGAGUCUCCACCUCCUCAACCCGUGUGUAACGGCCUGGUGUCCCCAGAAACAGAGGAACCUAAGACCCCAGAGAGUGAGGGGAGUGGAACUCUACCCAGGAAGGUGACUGAGAUAAGGAGAGAAGCAUCUGAGAUGGAGUCAACAAGCUUCAGGGUCCCGGAGGAGGAGGAGCUGUCACCGGAAGAGGAGGAACAGGAGAAGAAGAAUCAGAAGGAAGUCACGGAGGAGGCGCAGGAUAGGAGUUGGGAGGAGGAGGAGCAGAACAGGAGUCAUGGGGAGGAGGAGGAGGCCACAGAGAUGCUGGAUGACAUCCAGUAUGGAGGAGAACAGGAGAGUCUAAAGGAUGCCAAACUAGCAGCAGGAAACCUCCUGGUCAACCCCCUGGAGCCACUUAAUGCAGGCAGACUGAAGGUCAAGAUAGCAGACCUGGGGAACGCCUGCUGGGUGCACAAGCACUUUACAGAAGACAUUCAGACGAGACAGUACCGUUCUCUAGAGGUGCUCAUUGGCUCUGGUUACAACACACCAGCUGACAUAUGGAGUACCGCCUGCAUGGCUUUUGAGCUGGCUACUGGGGACUACUUGUUUGAGCCCCAUUCCGGGGAAGAUUACUCCAGGGACGAAGACCAUAUUGCAUUGAUCAUUGAGCUGCUGGGGCAAGUCCCACGCAAACUCAUAACGGCUGGGAAAUAUUCCAAGGAUUUUUUCACCAAGAAAGGUGACCUGAAGCACAUCACCAAGCUGAAGCCAUGGGGGUUACUAGAGGUGCUGCAGGAUAAGUAUGAGUGGCCCAAAGAGGAGACUGAUUGUUUCGCCGACUUCCUCCUCCCCAUGCUGGAGCUGGUACCAGAGAAGAGGGCCACGGCCGCGGACUGCCUGCGCCACCCCUGGAUCGCCCCCCAGUGACAGCCUCCAGUACUGCAAAUCAAAAUACCCCGAUGCCUGUUCAGUAGGCAAACAUUGUGGAAUGUUGCAGAUAACUGUCAUGACUAGAGGUGACAUGAUUCCCUUUUCUACGUGUCAUAGAGGCAUUCAUGUUCUACAUUAAGAGACUUCUCUAUCAGAACAUUCCAGAACGUUUUGUUCUGCUGAAUGCACCCCCUUGGCCUGGAUUGCCCUCCCCAAUGGAGCCUUCCAACUACUGCAAUGUAAAACCAUGUGGCCAUGUUCAGGAGGAUGUAAAGUUACUGAACCUUCAGAUGUAUGGUGUUGAACAGAGAUACGAUCAUCUGUCAAAUAGAAUAGGGAAUUGGGUCCACUUUAUUCAUUCAGUUUCUAUCUUCAAUGUCACGGUUUGACAUUUUUUUGUCAUUUAGCAGAUACGUUUAUCCAGAGCGACUAAGUGUCUGCUAAAUGAGUGAAAAGUCAAAUGAGCUUUUCAUUUUUCUAAAUACACCCCUGGAUGUAUUCCCUCUAGUGGUCGUCUCUGGUCACUGCGAUGCAAAUUAAACCCCUCACAAGAGACUUGUUGCAACAGAGCACUUUCCAAUUCAACCAUAUCUGAGAUGACUUAUUUAUUUCUGUUUUAGUUUGGUUUUCUUACAUUGUCUUCUUAUUAUCAUCAAGGAGCGUCUACGUUUUGUAUUUGUUUCUUUCCUUUGUAUUGAUUGUAGGCAAUAAGACUGUAGGCAACGUUGGUUUAUGGUCAUUUUGGCGGUCCAGAAUUCUGUGCUCCGUACACUACUCACUUGUAUGAGGACUUGUCUUUGUAAUUGUUGUUAUUGUGACUCUCUCACCACCAUCUUGUUUUGUUUAAUUCCGGCACAAGACCUGGAAAAAAAAUCAAGAUCAAUGAACUUCCCUUCACUUUAGUAAUCCUGUUUCUGUUAAAUAACUUGAUACCACUUGUUUUCUCUCCUCUGAUAAAACAUCAUUGAUGUCUGUCUGUGUUCACUUUUAAGAGUUCUUCUGUGUUACUCCUUCAUCCGUAAGGCAUUUUGUUUUGUGUUAAGCGUAGUAUUAGGAAGCUGUACAUAGGGCAGAUGAACGGACUCGUAGGUUGCACUCUACUCUCCUUUCUGACUGAACUAUUUGUAGGUCUCCACCCCCCAUAAAUACAAUGGAGGACAGCCAGUUAAAAACCAUUUUCAAAAUCUGUUUAUAAUACCAACUUUGCAUAUAUUCACUUUGAGCCAAUGGGAGACUGGUUUUGUGGGUUUAACUAAAUAAUAUAUGUUCAUAAGAACACCACCCGAAAGAAGAGAGAUUGUGGAAAGAUAUAUAAAAUUACGUGUGGCUGUGUGUGUGUGUGUGUGUGUGUGUGUAUAUAUAAAUAACUGUACCAAGGAAUUUGCCUUUCUGUAUAUUACAGCUGUGUACAGUUUUUAAUCAAUUGUAGUGUGUGGCUGAAAUGGCACCCUUUUUCCCUAUGUAGGGUGCCAUUUAAGGUGGACACUACUAUGUCUGGGUAGUACUGUGUCAAUAAAGGAUAUGGAAGAAGUGUGAAAGCUCUGUUGGGUGAACGUC